CUGCAUUGGCGCAAAAGAAUGUUCUUCUCCGUGGCAAAAUUUUGGCAAUGUCUGUUAUUCCAAGACUACUCAAAGUGCUACCUGGAAUAAUGCGAAGGAGCGAUGUAAAAGCAAGGGUGGUCGACUUGCAAGAAUUCAUUCGUCUGCCCUCAACACAUUUCUUUUUCAGACGUUUGUAACAGGAGAUAUUAACGUGUGGGUUGGUUUAAAAAGAUGUAAACAUGGACCAUGGUGUUAUCCAUAUGGAGCGCGAUCAGAUUAUUUCAAAUGGGCAACAGGACAACCUGAUAAUGCAAAAGGGAAGGAAGAUUGUGUCGCAAUGAACAACACCGGAUUUUGGAAUGACGAAACAUGCAAAUUCAAGAAACAAGGAAUCUGCGAGAAAUACCAGGAUGAAUGUGUGUUUGGAAAGCCAAAAUGUCAUUCUAACGCCACGUGCAGCAAUACUGUUGAAUCAUACAAUUGUACUUGUAAUGAAGGCUUUAUAGGAAAUGGAAAAGUCUGCGAAGAUCAGGAUGAAUGUGCGUUGAAGACUCAUGGAUGUCAUUCUUACGCCACGUGUCACAAUACCAUUGGAUCAUACACAUGUUAUUGUAAUAAAGGAUUUACAGGAAAUGGAACCGUUUGUGAAGACGUGGACGAGUGUGCGUUGGAGACCCACUAUUGCCAUUAUGAAGCCACGUGUAACAAUACCAUUGGUUCAUACGCAUGUGUAUGUAAUGAAGGAUUUUCAGGAAAUGGAACUAUUUGCGAAGCAAGCCGAUGUCCAUCAGCGUCCUGGACAAGUUUUGGAAGCUACUGUUAUCGUUUGAAUUCCAAUGCUCUAACCAUGCAGGAUGCGAGCGACUAUUGUGACAGCAUUGCCGGACAGCUUGUCAGACUUACGGGGGAAGAUCUCAAAAACUUUCUUGUUCAAACGUACGCAAAGGACAUCAAAACAAGGUUUUGGAUUGGUUUGCAGAAGUGUAAAAAUGGAUGUUGUUAUCUUGAUGGGAAGAAAACGAUUUACACCAAUUGGGAAAGAGGAGAACCGAAUAAUGCAGGGGGAAGGGAAACUUGCGUCGAGAUGUUCAGAAAUGGGCGAUGGAAUGACAAUCCAUGUUAUCACAAAUACCCAUCUAUAUGCGAAACCAGCAUCGAUGAGUGCCAUUACAGAUGUCAUCAUAAUGCAACAUGCAACAAAACAAUCGGAUCAUACACUUGUGUUUGUAACGAAGGAUUCACAGGAAAUGGAACCGUUUGUGAAGAUGUAGAUGAAUGUGCAUUGGAAACGCAUACAUGUGACUUGAAUGCCACGUGUAACAAUUCUAUUGGAUCAUACACAUGUACAUGUAAGGAAGGAUUUACAGGAAAUGGGACAAAAUGUGAAGACGAAGAUGAAUGUGCUUUGGAAACCCAUACAUGUGACUUCGACGCCACGUGUAACAAUACCAUUGGGUCAUACACAUGUAUAUGUAAAGAUGGAUUUACAGGAAACGGAACUAAUUGCGAACCAAGCCGGUGUCCAUCAGCGUCCUGGACAAGUUAUGGCAGCAACUGUUAUCGUUUAAAUUCCAAUGCUCUAACCAUGCAGGGUGCGAGCGACUAUUGUGACAAUAUUGCCGGACAGCUUGUCAGACUUACGGGAGAAGAUCUCAAAAACUUUCUUGUUCAAACGUACGCAAAGGACAUCAAAACAAAGUUUUGGAUUGGUUUGCAGAAGUGUAAAAAUGGAUGGUGUUAUCUUGAUGGGAAGAAAACGAUUUACACCAAUUGGGAAAGAGGAGAACCGAAUAAUGCAGGAGGAAGGGAAACUUGCGUCGAGAUGUUCAGAAAUGGGCGAUGGAAUGACAAUCCAUGUUAUCACAAAUACCCAUCUAUAUGCGAAACCAACAUCGACGAGUGUCAUUACAGAUGUCAUCAUAAUGCAACAUGCAACAAAACCAUCGGAUCAUACACUUGUGUUUGUAACGAAGGAUUCACAGGAAAUGGAACCGUUUGUGAAGAUGUAGAUGAAUGUUCUUUGGAAACCCAUACAUGUGACUUGGAUGCCACGUGUAACAAUACCAUUGGAUCAUACAAAUGUAUAUGUAAAGAUGGAUUUACAGGAAAUGGGACCUCGUGUAUAGAUGAAGAUGAAUGUGCUUUGGAAACCCAUACAUGUGACUUCGAUGCCACGUGUAACAAUACCAUGGGAUCAUACACAUGUACAUGUGAAGAAGGAUUUACAGGAAACGGAACAAAAUGUGAAGGUAUAGUAAAACGCUAA